ACUAAUACACUUCAAAAAAAAAAAAAGCCUGAACUAAUAAACAAAGAACCGCCGUUAGGAAACCUCUCAAACUUCGUCUCUGCCUCGGAUCGUGAAAACCGACCUAUUAACCCUAACCCUUGUACUCUUUGUACUCCUCCCAAAGCUUCUUUAUUGGCUCGUCCAUGGCGGAUUACAAUCAAUAUCCUUCUCACGGCUACGCUCCGUCGGCCCCGCCGAUGCCGGAGCCCUCCUCCGGCCACAAGCCCUCCUCCUCGGGACAGCCUUCGGCGCCGUCGGGAUAUCCUUACCACGCCCCUCCGUCCUCUUAUGGCUAUUCGUCCCCCUACACCUUGGGUGCCGGCGGCGGCGGAGCGGCGGGGUACUAUUUCCCUCCAGGCACGCAUCCCGAGAUCAUCCGUAGCUUCCAGGCCGUCGAUCGGGAUCGGAGCGGCUUCAUCGACGAGUACGAGCUGCAGGCGGCUCUGUCCUCCGGGUAUCAGAAGUUCAGCCUUCGCACGAUUCGGCUCCUCAUGUUCCUUUUCCAGAACCCUAACAACCCUUCCAAGAUGGGGCCUGCUGAGUUUGCUGCUUUAUGGAAUUGUAUCGGGCAAUGGCAGGGCAUCUUUGACAGAUUUGAUAGAGAUCGGAGUGGCAAAAUUGACUCAAUGGAAUUGAGAGAUGCACUUCUAAGUCUAGGAUAUGCAGUUCCACCUUCUGUUAUUCAAGUUCUAAUAUCCAAUUACACUGAUGGGAAAACUGGCAAGGGUGCACUUAAUUUUGACAACUUUGUUGAGAGUGGGAUGAUUGUAAAGGGAUUAACAGAAAAAUUCAAGGAGAAAGAUACUCGCUACACUGGCUCAGCAACUCUUACCUAUGAUACUUUCAUGUCAAUGGUCAUUCCCUUCAUUGUCCCAUAGACUGGGUAUGGUUUAAUACCUGUAUUACUGAGAUUAUCUUUGGCCUCCUAGUUUUGGUAUGCUGCGUUUAGUUCAUUAGGUAUCUAGUUGCUAUAUAUUUAUGAAAGAAAAGGUUGGUAUCCUUGACAGUUUCUCUGUUGCAGGAAAUUGAUAUUGUUUGACUUUAGCGUUGUAUCAUGUUUGUGUAAGUUUUAAAAGAUUUGUCAGAAUUUUUUUUUAUUAAGGCAAAAUGCUUAUUGUUGCAUUUGAAAAUGGUGCCUUAGCAUAUUGAGCGAGUGGUACAACUUAAAAGUGGAAGCUUAAGAGCACAGGUCGUGGCACAACGACAAGGUUGUUUCGUUUUGACAGGCGGUCGCACGUUUUAAAUAUGGAAAUGGUUUCUUCAUAUGCCAGGCUGCAUGCGUCAUAUUCUUUCCGAACCCUGCAGUGAUGCGUGUCUUGUACUUUUUUUUAUUUGGUAUAAAAGAAAAAAAUCACAUUGGUCGACUCUUUUCAAAAAAAAAAAAAAAAGGAAAAUCACAUUGGACUACAGACCAAUGCUUAGCCGUGCCGGAAUACAUACAGAGCAUGGUUCUACGAGGGAAGAUAUGUUGGACGCUGCCUUGCUCAUGGCAUGAACUGAGAGAGACUUGCAAGUAUCUCUCAGAAAUAAAAUUAGUUACAAAAUUAGAAAGCAUGAUUACAAGCGUUGUCUUGUUACCUUCACAUGAGGUCGUUCUUGCUAAGACAGCCCGAGGGUUCUUUGACCUUGGUCUUAAACUGAAACUGUGGUCCAUCUCCGUCUAAUUUUGAUCAUUAAUGAUUCUUCUGCUUUGUCUUCUUAAUUCUUUGAUUGAGGGGCUUGCUU